GAACGACAAAUCUUUGUUUUGUUUUGAACGUCCAGAUCCUCGUGUUUCCUGCUGACGGGACCUAAGUGAAUGUUUUAUUAGGAUAUCAUAUUCUUCUGUUUGUCCUGAUAUUUUUCUAGGUAAAAAUGAAGGAGAUACCUCUGAGCUCAUGUGAGCGUAAUUCAGUGAUAACAGCUAUCCAGAAAGGUCUAAGGCAUGAUAACAGAGAAUUUCUGGAAGUGCGUGAUAUAGAUAUCAGUUUCGGCAAAGAUUUUGGAUCCUGCACAGUAACACUAGGACUAACCCGAGUUUUAGCACAGGUAACAUGUGAAGUAGUUGAACCCAGACCAUCAAGACCAAGUGAAGGCAAAAUUUCGAUUUCUGUCCAUUUGUCACCCAUGGCAGCACCACACUUUGAACAAGGAAGAGGAAACGAUCUGGUUGAAGAGCUGCAGCAAAUCUUAGAUCGCAAUAUCAAGGAGUCUCGUUGCCUUGACCUUGAGUCAUUGUGCAUCUUGGCAGAGGAGAGUGUUUGGCAGCUGAGGGUUGAUGUCACUGUCCUCAACCAUGCAGGAAAUCUUGGCGAUGCUUGCAAUCUCGCUAGCGUAGCAGCCCUGCGCCACUUCCACAGACCAGAUGUUACUGUGGAAGAGGAUGGCCGAGUAACAAUCCACACUCUGGAGGAAAGAGAACCCAUACCAACCUUCAUGAAGAAAGUUCCAGUCUGCCUGACUUAUGCCUUCUUUAUGGUGGAUGAGAAAUGCCAUAUGCUAAUGGACCCUUCAGAUUUGGAAGAGAGAGUGAUGUCUGGCAAACUAAUUGUAGGCCUCAACCCACAUGGUGAGAUUACAUCCAUGAUGUUCCCUGGUAGAGUUGCACUUCAAAAACGUGAAAUCAUGAACUGCAUUCAGAAUGCUUUCUCAAAGGCCAAGGCGUCAGCUGAGAUGGUUGCUAGGGUGGUAGAUGAUGAUGUGAUGAAAAGAAAAUCUGUUAUUAAACCAGCAGGAUAUACAAAUUGUCUUGUAUCUGAUUCUUCAUAUAGAAAAAAGAAAAUUGAUGAGUUAAUUGAAAAUGAGAUAAGAGGGGAGUUUGUAGUCCCUGAGGAGCCUAUGGAAGAAGAGGGCCCCAAAAUAGAAGACCGUAUGUAUGAUUCUGAAGAAGAGGAAGAGGAGGAGUCCAUGGAGACAAGUAGUCCGAAGAAACCAGUUCAAGCAGUUGUAGAUAACAAAAAGAAGAAAACAACUUCAAUGAGUGAUAGUGAAGAAGAAGAGACUGGAGAAACCCUAACUGCAAAAGAUUUACAGUAGAAUUUCUUGGUAUGGUAGCAGUAGCCCCAACAACCUCUUUAUGAUUUUUGUCUACUAAUGUCUCCACAUAAACUUUCUAAUGGUUGACUUGUUAUUAGACUUAAAGAAUGAAUGUAUAACAGUACUGUAUGAAUAUGAAUAAAUCAUUGAGAUGAA